AUGAAGAAGAAGUACCAGGGCUCAACGAAGGUGAAGCGUUCAAUGCUGCAACCACUAAGGAAAGAUUUUGAGACUCUUCAAAUGAAACAAGGAGAGUCUGUCAAUGAUUAUUUUUCAAAAGCAAUGGCAAUUGCAAACAAGAUGAGUAUCCAUGGCGAGAAGAUGGAAGACGUGACCAUCGUAGAAAAGAUCCUAUGA